UAAAAAUCAAAAUAGUGCGAGAUUGAGAUUGAAAUUUUUUUGGUGGUAAAUAUUUUGCCUUUGCCACCACCUUUGCAGUCAAUCUUGAUUUAUAGAUAUAUACGUUCAUUUCAUUCAGUUUCAUUGGAAUUGAUAGUUACAGUGAUCAAUUGGGUUGAUUAAGGGAUAAAUUCAUAUACUACAAUGGCUGAUAAAGAAUUGGACUUGGUAAAUAAGGUUGAAUUACGUAUUGCCUUAGCUGAGAAUGAUAAACAAUUUGAACAUUCAUUGCAAUUAUACCUUGCUCCUAUAUUGUUAAAGUUAGCGAGUCCUCACUCUGAAGUAAGAAAUACAGUAUUGAAGAUUGUUCAACAGCUUAUCCCAAGAAUCUCCGCUGCUAGAUCUAUAAAGUUACCCGUUGAAGCUCUUUUAAAACAAGUGAAAAAUCCAACUAUUCCUCAAGGUGCUGAUGCCACUUCAGUCAGAUUAUUUUCCCUUAUAUUUGUAUCUAGAGGAAUUGAAAGAUUGAAUGCAGAGGAGAAAACUGCUCUUGUUCCCCAAGUGAUAGAAGGGAUAUCAACGUUUUCAACUAAUGUGUCGGCCAGAUUAUUCAAUGUGUUAUCAAAAUUAUUAGAAUCUUGGAAAGCUCCAAGUCUUGAUACUGAUGAAUAUAAAAAUAUGGCUACGUUCUUACAAUUCGAUAAGAAUCCUAAUGAUGAAGUUUUCCUUUCCAAAACUAUCAGUAAGUUCUUUUUAUUACAACCGACUCCUACUGCCGUACAGUUACCAGGGUUAAGCGUUAAGGAUAAUGAAUAUUUUAAUAGAGAUGCUGGUGUUCAAUAUAAGACAAAUGCAGAAAUAUUUGAGGUUAAAUUGCAUUUGUUGGAUUUCUUGAAAUCAGGAUUUCAAGAUAAGCAUUUGAUCAUACCUUAUUUGAUAGGAUCAGUCGACUCUUCAUCUAAAAUAAAUGAUACUGCAGAAGUGUUAUUUCGUAAAUUGACAAUUGAUUAUGAAGAUGAAUCUUUAAUAAAUAGUCUUGCAGAUUUAUUUUUAGGUGUUGGUGAUAUUCCACCUGUUUCAUCAACCAUUCAAGAAAAAAUCGUUCAAGUUUUCUUAAAGAGUAAGGUUGCCACGACCAUUUCAAGAGUGUCAGAUAUUUCUAGUUUAGGUUUAUCUUCUGAAUAUGCUCGUUUGAAACAAUCUACUGUCCAGUUCAUCAAAUGGGUUAGUAACAAUGAUAGUGAAUUCUCAGAAGCUCAAGCCAAGUCCUUACGUGAAUUUAAUACAACCAUGGCAGGUGAAUUGAGAAAUAAUUUAAUAAAUGAAGGUUGGCCACAGUUCGAUACUGAAAAUAUUAGAAACUAUUCAGCUGCUCUUUCUCAAAGACUGUUACAAUAUGAAGCACUUGGAAAUAUUCUUAGAUCCAAUCCAGAAUUAUUUUGGCAUGAUAUAUCAUAUAUUGAAUUCUUAUUUCAAUCUUUAGAAGGAGAAUUACCUGAUUUAAGAGGUACCAUUCAAGAUGCAUUAUCUAGUUUAACUGUUCAUUUACCUCAAUUAUCUGACCCAUCCAGAAUUAGUCUUAAAAAACUUGCUGAGAAAUAUUUGGCUGAAAAGAACCAUCAUAAUGAGAAUUUACAUUCGUGUCGUUAUGUGGCUAUAAAGUAUAUUAAUAGUACAUUUCCAUUUCAAGAUUCUGAAGCUAGGUAUUUAUGUAUAUUAGGUACCGCAAAAGAGAAUCGGUCAGAUACUAUUGAAGAAGCCUUAAAAGGUUUACAUCCUCAUUGGUUUAACAUCUUACAAUCAUCUAAUACCUUGAAAUUCAAAUCAACUAGAGAUUUAUUAGGAGAGAAUAGUAAAGUUGAUUUUCCAUCAUUUCAUGAGUAUGUUUCAGUUUUAAAACAAGAACUUGAUAAAGCUAGUGAACAUGGUAGUACUGUUUAUCAAUCAUUGCCUAAAGCUAUUAAAUUUGGAUUACAAAUAUUGGUAAUGCAAGCGGUUAAUGGUAAAUCUACCGUCAUUGUUCCUGAUGAAGAUUGGAUUGUGAGAUUAGAUAAAGCUUUAGAAGUGGAUAAAACAGUUCAAAAUUUAUUAAUUGAAGAAAUCAAACAAGUAUCUCAGCCUGAUGAAGAAAUGAAUGGUGAAUCCAGGGUCAAUAAUAAUGUCUUUAAUCUAUACUUGUCCAUUGUGUUUGAUACUUUAGUGGGGCAAUAUUUCGAUACUGCCAGAAUUCAAUCAGAUAUAGUUUAUGUGGAAACAUUCACCAAGUUGGUGACUUUAGCACCACCUGCAGUAAUUGAACAAAUGACAUUAUUAAUUGAUAGGUUAUUAGAUUUGGUCAAUGGUAAGGUACUUAAUGAUAUAGCUCUUGCUCGAGUAUCAAAAGCAUUUGCUAUCAUAGCAAGUACUUCAAAAGUAUCUAAUGAAGAAAUUAUCACCUUACUUAAAAAAUUAGACGUAACUAAUGCAACUCCAUAUUUAUUGAAGGGAAGAUUGUUAGCUACUAGUUUUCUUAUUUCAAGACUAUUCUUAAGAAAAAGAAUUGAUGUGGUUGAAGCUUCUUCUUUAACAGCUUACUACGAUGUUCUCAUUCGUUACUUAAAGGAAGAAUCAUUAUACACAACUGUUUUGGAAUGUAUUAAUCAAUUAUCAAUUUUUGGAGCUUUAGGACCAAUUCAAAAUCAGGAAUUAUCUUCAUAUGUAUUGCAAUUCGUUGAACUUAUUACUCCAAAAGUUAAGAAAUGUGAUGAAAAAUCAGUUAUUACAUUAUCAUACUUGUCAUUAGCGCUCAAUAAAGUUGAAAGUGAUGAAUUGAGUGAUUAUGAAAAAUUAGUCUAUGAUACACAUGUUUCAAAACAAGUGGAAUACACUUUUACUAGUGGUGAAGCUUUCCUGGUCAUGGCUGUAGGUUGGAAGUCAACUUAUUUAGAAAGAUAUCUUGAUAUUCAAGGUGAAACUAUAGCUUAUAUCCCUGAUGAUAUUUCUCGAUUACCAACUAUUUUAAAAGCUGUAUUAAAGGCAUGUUCUGAUACAAAGCCUGCCUUAAGAAAAGCAGGAUGUAUUUGGUUAUUAUCUUUAACUCAGUAUUGUGGACAUUUACAACUUAUCAAAGAUAAAAGUCCUGAAAUUCACGUAUCAUUUAUGAGAUUCCUUGCUGAUAGAGAUGAAUUAAUUCAAGAAUCUGCUUCAAGAGGGUUAAGUUUAGUAUAUGAAAUGGGAGAUGUUGAUUUAAAGGAUACAUUAGUUCGUGGAUUAUUGAAGUCAUUCACUGAUUCAAAUUCAACUACAAAAUUCACCUCUGGAUCAGUUGAACAUGACACUGAAUUAUUUGAACCAGAAUUAUUGAAGACUAAUGAUGGAUCAGUUUCGACUUAUAAAGAUGUAUUGAGCUUAGCUUCUGAUGUUGGAGAUCCAAGUUUAGUUUAUAAGUUCAUGUCAUUGGCUAAAUCAUCCGCAUUAUGGUCAUCAAGAAAAGGGUUAGCAUUUGGAUUAGGUUCAAUCUUAUCCAAGGCACAAUUAGAUAAGUUAUUAACCACAAAUAAGAAUUUGGCUAAUCGAUUAAUUCCCAAAUUAUUCAGAUAUAGAUAUGAUCCUAAUAGUUCAGUUCAAAAAUCGAUGAAUGAUAUUUGGAAUGCAUUAAUCACUGAUACUUCUAAAGUUGUCAAAGAAAACUUUGAUAUAAUUUUACCUGAAUUAUUAAAAGGAAUGGGUAAUAAAGAAUGGAGAGUCAGACAAGCUAGUACGGUUGGAUUAAGUGAUUUAUUACAAUUAGUUCCGGUUGAAAGCUAUGAAUUUAAAUUAGAAGAAAUUUGGAAUAUGAGUUUCAGAGUAAUGGAUGAUAUUAAAGAAAGUGUUAGAAAGGAAGGUAUAAAAUUAACCAAGAGUUUAGCUACUACCUUAGUUAGAAUCAUUGAUCCUAAGAAUAAAUCAUCAGCUACUACAUCGGCUGAAUCGAUUGAAAUUCUUGAAACUUUGAUUCCAUUUUUAUUAGGUAACAAAGGUUUAUUAAGUGAUUCUGAAGAUGUUAGAAAUUUCGCAUUGGAUACUAUUUUAAAACUUUGUAAAGUUGGUGGUAAAUCAAUUAAAGCAUUUGUACCUCGAUUAAUUGAAAAUUUCAUUAAUUUAAUGUCAACUUUAGAACCAGAAGUUAUCAAUUAUUUAGUAUUAAAUGCUGAUAAAUAUAACUUAAAGUCAAAUGAUAUUGAUGCUAAACGUUUACAAAGUUUAGGUCAUUCACCCAUGAUGGAUGCAAUUGAGAAAUUAUUAGAUGAAUUAGAUGAUUCAUUAAUGGAUGAUUUCAUAACUAAAUUAGAAUCAGCAGUAAAAAGAUCUGUUGGUUUACCAUCUAAAGUUUGUGGAUCAAGAGUAUUAGUUCAAUUAAUUACAAAACAUUAUCACUUAAUUAAGCCAUAUGGAGAUAAAUUAUUAAAGAUUUCGAUUCAACAAAUCAAAGAUAAGAAUGAUGCUAUAUCAUCGUCAUACUCUACAGCAGCUGGAUAUCUUUGUAAGAUUGCUUCUAUCCCAUCAGUCAUAACUUAUUCUAAAUUAAUCAAUAAAUUAUAUUUUGAAAGUGAAGAUGAUAGAUCAAGAGAGAUAGCAUCGAUUGCUAGUGAAAAUGUUUCUAAAUAUAGUGGACUGGAUAAAUUUGAAUUAAUCGCCAGUGCCUUUUUACCAUUAUCAUUCAUUGGUAAAUAUGAUAGUAAUAAAACGGUUAGAUUAAAUUUUGAACGUGAAUGGAUUGAAAAUACGAGUGGGAAUAAUAAUUCAAUUAAAUUAUAUAUGAAUGAGAUCUUACAAUUCUUCAAGAGUUAUAUUCAAUCGAAUAAAUUUGAGAUUAGAAAGAUUUUAGCUACCUCCAUAUCAAACUUAAGUAAUUUGAUUGAUAAUGCCAAUCAAUUAUCUCAAGAUACGAUUAAAGAAUUAUUACAAUUAUUAAUUGAAUCUAACAAGGGGAAAUCUUGGGAUGGGAAAGAGUUAGUUUUAGAUUCGUUAAUCUCAUUUUCAAUCAUAUGUAAAGAUUAUUUGAAAGAAAGUGAUGAUAUCUUACAACAGAUUAAUAAAGUGGUGAUAGUUGAAGCUAAAAGACGUAAUAAAGCCUAUCAAAAACAUGCUAUUAAACUUUUAGGUAAAUAUAUUCAUGAAUUCCAUGAAGAUGAAGAUUUAAUUGAAACUUAUAUUGAAGUAAUAGGUAAAGCCUUGCAGGAUAAAUAUUAUCGUGAUGAUGAUGAAGAUAGUGAUGACGAUGAAGAUGCUAUGGAAGUUGAUUUAAAAUCGAAAUUAACCGUUAAAGAAAAUCUUGAAUUAGAAGAAGAGAGAUUGACAUUUAUAAAGAAUCUUGGUGAAAGUUUUUAUACUGAUAAUGAUGAUUAUAAUCAUGAAUUAGGAACAUUCACCUUUCAACAAUUCUACAAUAUCUUCCAUUCAAAAUUGAUUGAGAAUACAUGGAGAUCAAAAUUACAAAUCAUUGAAUCAUUCCAAAAAGUAUUAACUCUAUUAAAGGAGUUUAAAACCAUUCAUGAUAUUGAAUUGAUUUAUAAGAAUUGGUCCCAAUUACAUGAUUUAUGUUUAAAUAAGGAUAAUAUUGAAAAUGUUAAGAUUCAAUUCUUAAGAUUGUCGUCAACUUUAAUCGGUAUACUUGAGAAUUUAAAUGAAAUUGAAAAAUUACAUCUUGUUAAUGAAAAGUUGAAUGAAUUUAAACUCAUUGAAACAUCGAAUAUAAUUCAAACCGAAUUAUUAAAGACAUUAUCAUCGCAAUAGAUGUACUACAAGGUUUGUUAAAAGCUCUUUUAAAGGGGCAUCAAAAUGUAUAAAAUUUAUUUAAAAAAAUCACUACUGUAAUUUGUAUAUAAAA